CGGUUGCAGUUCAGUCUCCUAUAUAAACAGCCCCGGGAGUUUCCGAAAUUCAUACUCGGUGACUUCAAGUGAACAAUGGUUAACAUGAGCUAUCACCAAUCGCUACAAAAAUAUAUACACAACCCGAGUCCAAGACAGUCGAGAAAACGGCAUAAUAAAAGAAAAAGGAAUUACUGGGAUACAAUAUCGCCGACAACCCACAACCACACUUGAUUAAGAAGAAACGCUUUUAAGGUCUGGUGUGCUGGGUGUAGGAGCGUGUGGAGUCGUCGUGUUUGUGCGUAGCAGCUGAUUGGUUGAGAUGACUGCGGAGUGGAUGUACCCCCCCGGCGUGGCACCGCUGUGUGGUGCAGAGUUGGAGGCGUGGUAUGAAGACUUGCAAGAUAUAUUGGGAUCCGAUGCAGGUGGGGCCAAGCACACACGCCCCCCGCCCUGCGCCGAGAAAGAGCCGGAGUUUCUGGAUGUCUUGGAGAGCUGCUCACUCACCUGGCUGACGGAGGGGCAGGUGUGGGGGGAGGGGGUGCAGCGUGUGAUGGAGGAUCCUUCACCACCUCCGCUGCUCCUCAGCCAGCCACCGGCACAAGAGGAGCAGCGUGGUGCACGAGAGACGGCGAGCUCUAGUGCAGGAGACCUUCUGCCCCCCGAGUUCUUCGAGUUGCUGAGCGAAGGGGGAGUCGGCCUGGUGGAAACCGGGGCGGUUAUGGUCACCACCGGCUACCACCACCAUCACCCCCCGAACCCUCCGCCUGCCUCCCCAUCCGUCAGUGAGGAAGAGCUGCCCACCGUCCCAUCUUCGUCCCCAUCCUGCUCUUCAUCCUCUUCAUCCUCGCAGUCGCCUUCCCUCAACUGUUCACCUUCGUCCUCCCCUCCUCUUUCCCCUCCACCGGCACCUGCUUCCUCACGCUUGGGCAAGAGGAAGAAAGGGAGUGCACUUUCUUCACCUUUCUCAGGAAAGAAGAGCAGAAAGGAGCGGGAGCAGGAAAACGAGAGGAAGGUGCAGGAGCUGACCGACCAGAACGAGAGGCUUAAAGCUGAGAUUGAGCGACUUGGCGAAGAGGUUCAGCGGACACGCCGUGCGCUAAUCGAGAGGCUUGUCAACACCAGGAAGUGAGGGGUUAUGGGAUGGAACUGGGCUAGAAAGGUUGGGGGGAUGUUGUAGGAACACGUAGAAUUAAAUGGUAACCAUGAAAUGCACAUAGUGAGACAAAGAGGAAAAGGCAUGUGGAAACUGGGGGGAAAGAGGGUGAUUUCUUUAAGGGUUUUUUAUUCCCCCCAAGAAUGAAGGAUGAAGAGAGAAAGUGUGAAAGUCUGACUUUGCUAAAGAAUUCGAGAAGGACCCCAGGUUUAGUUAUUACUAUAGGAAUCUGCCUCAAUAAUCAGGCACCUUACUGAUGUAAUAUACGGCUUCCUACACAAGGAGCAGAUUGUAGGUUUAUUGUAUUUUCCUAAAUGCAGUAUCAAUCACAUGUUGCUUUUGUACUUAAAUGUAAUAGGAAUCUUAAAGUUGUAACAGACUCCUGGGGUGGGUGUAACUGGCAAAUACUUAAGACCAACCUUGAGAAAUUAAGCACUCCAAAAAUGAUUUGUCCGUAUACCUUAAACAGAUUUGCACGGUGUGUAAAACGGUUUUAUGCAAGGAUUCUUUGUGCAUUUCAUUGUCUCCCAGUUCUAGAGGUAGAUCAAUGUUUUGUCUUAUAAGUAAUUAAAAGGGCUUUUAAACUAAAAUGUUAAGGUAGAACUAGUUGACAGAAAUAGCUCAGGACUUAUUAUUAAAAAAAAAAAAAAAAAAGUUCUAUAAAGAGAGACUGCGCUUGUAAUCUUUCUGAAGCUCAGCUCAAGCCAUGGCCUUUAAGCGUGGAUGGAUAGGGGGAAUGUGGUGGGUUUAGUAUUCAUUAUGUAUCACUUUCACAAUUUGUAUUUUUAUUUUUUUUUUGUAGACAAAAUUAGGCAUUUAGAUUUAUGCAGUUUAUAAAUAGGUAAUAAUCCAUGCUUAUUUUUCUAUUGUAUCUUCCUCUAUAUUCACUCAUUAUAUAUAAAUCAUUUACACUGUAGUACUGUAUAAUAAGUAAAAAAAAAUAUAUGCAUGCUGAAUUGCUGUAGUCAAAUGUGAUUCGAAUUUCCCUUUUAUGUCUUAUUUACUGUAUUGUAUACAUUUUACUAAUAAAAAUUUUGAACACAAAUUGAA